AUGUUACGACAAACAGUUUCGGCACCUUCGCGCGCUCUCCGCUCCACAGCCAGACUCGGCACUCAAAGGAGUAUUGCCAGGCCACAUCAACUACAUCAUUCCCAGACACCCCUCAUCACCUCAGCCCGGACACUUGCUCCCCGGAUAAGAUGGUACAGCUCCGAGACGGAGGCUUCCAAAGACAAAAAUGCGCCUGAGUCCAGUCAAAACGGAGAGGAAGCAGGGAAGACGGAGCCCGAGAGCCCCGAAGUUGCCCUCAAGAAACAAUUAGAGGCCAAGGAUGCCGAGAUCCGGGAUUUGAAGGACCGGUACCUCCGCUCCGUAGCCGACUUCCGCAACCUGCAAGACAGGACACAGCGCGACAUGAAGCAGGCCCGCGACUUUGCCAUCCAGAGCUUCGCCAAGGACCUGGUCGACAGCGUCGACAACUUUGACCGGGCGCUGACCAUGGUGCCCGAGGAGAAGCUCAAGGCGAAGGAGGCGUCGGAGGAGCAGCAGUCGGAGCACCUCAAGGACCUGGUCAACCUGUACGAGGGCCUCAAGAUGACCGAGACGAUUCUGCUGCAGACGCUCAAGAAGCACGGCCUCGAGCGGUUCGACCCCGACGGCGAGGUUUUCAACCCCAACGAGCACGAGGCCACCUUCAUGACGCCCAUGCCGGACAAGGAGCACAACACCGUGUUCCACGUGCAACAGAAGGGCUUCAAGCUCAACGGGCGUGUCCUGCGGCCGGCCAAGGUCGGCGUCGUCAAGAACAAAUAA